AUGGCCUGGAACAACAAAAAGGUGUGCUUUGAACCCCCCUUGCUCCCCCCAUGCCGACCAUCCGCCUUGGGCCGAAACAUCAUCGACCAAAUCAACACGGCUCCAGAUGACACCGUUCGCGCCGUCCUGCUCCAUCUCACCGCGGACUACGACCAAAGAUUCAUUAUCGAAAACCUUAUUUCGAAGCUUCCACUCGACGAGUCAGAGUUGCAGACUCCUGAGGAUAGGAGCAGUAAAAAACGGAAAGCCGAAACUCAAACACCCAAAGAUCACAGUCCAAAGAAGAGAAAGGCCACGCCGAAGCUGGAGAUCUGUCUCAAUUGUGAAGAAGUUUUCGAAGAGGGCGACACAUCCGAGUCAUGCCGCUAUCAUGUCGCAAUGCAAUUUGAUCCCGACGCCCCGUACUGGGAGACCCUGGGUCCUGGCUACCUUGUAGAAGACCGACCCAUUAACCGAAAGGUGCACAAGCGCGGAUACUGGUUUGGCUGUUGCUGUAAGCCCGGACUGUAUUACAGGCUGGGGUGCAGAUUUGGCAGACAUAGAGCUGCUGAUGGGAAGCGGCAAAAGGACCUUUAUGGCUGGAAAAGCUACGACGAAUUUCGAAACGCUAUGGUUGUACCAAAGCAAAAGGAGAUGGCCUCGUGGGAGGCUAAAUGCAUCGCUCUCCGAAGGGAAGCCUCAGAGGCAUUAGAGUCUGAUUCAGAUGCGGAAGAGUCGGACUCUGAUCCAUCUACAGAGGAGUCGGACUCUACUCCAGCUACGGAGGAGUCGGACUCUACUCCAGCCACGGAGGAACUAGCCGCCAAGAAAGCCACCACCCAGAGGCCAGACGUCUACGAUACCAAGGGGGAAGACGACCAUGGAGAGGAGGAAUACAGCUGGGUCGACGAGUAUGACAAAGAUGGCCAGGACUUUCCUGACUUUAUGCAACUGCUUCAGAAAAAAUUGCUUGCCGCGUUGAGGGCUCAAGAGAUCGCUAUCCGGGAAGCUUUCACUACCAGAGAGGCCUUUGAGGCCCAGCAGCCCCAGCUUGGACCUCUUUGGCCGAGCCAAACCUUGAUGGUGGAGAAGCCUACGAUGGAAUCGUGUACCAGUGGCCGGGACUCAAACGGUCUCAAACGAAAACGAGAACAAAGCCCAGGAACAGAGCGGAGGCAAAGAAAAAGAAUUGAUCAAGGACAGGCAGGAUCUGCACGCUAAGAAACUGAGCCCACAAGGGUUCAAGUUCGGGUGUUGUGGUGGGAAGCACAACUCGAAGGGCUGUGCGACCGGAACGCAUCGCGUUGAUGAGGCUUAACUUGGACCUGUUAAAGUGUUAUCACGCGGGGAAUGACGAUGGGUUGAAGACAUGUUGGCUACCUG